AUGCCCAAUAACCAUCAAAAUCCGCUGUUUGCUCAGCAUACACUUACACAGUAUAGCUCUCUGCCGAGACGUUCGUCGGCCUUCCAACGCAAUACUCCAGUUCGUAGAUCAACUGGAGUACCUGAAAAUCACAUGGAAUACUUUGUGCCCCGUAGCAUAAGUGAAUUCAAUCUAUCAGGUGUAGGAGAUCUAGCCCUGCCACCGCCAAGACGUUCGCCAAUUCAAGUUAGUAAUACCAGUCAUAAUUUGCAGGCUCAGACAAUUCUGUGCGCCCCACCUCCACCGCCCCCACCACAAAUCCUAAUGAAACCUCGCGAAAAAAUGGUUACAUUCGAGGACGAAUCCAGCGGCAAAGGGACAACUUGUCCGCAUGGCGUGCCAACGACACCCAGAAAGGUGACAGGUCCGGUUAGUGGGGAUGUGUUUAUGUGACGUGAACAGUUGUGACCAUCCGAAAAUAUCAACGACGAAGAAGUUGUCGAAUACAGGGUGGUUGAGGGUAAGGAAACGUGUAGCCUUGAAGAUGGCAAUGAUCUCAAAAGCUCAUCGCCUGGCGAUGUUAUAUGUGUAUAAAUUAGAUGAAAGUAUUUAUAAUGUAUCUUUAAGAUGUAUGAUGCUUAGAUCUAAGAAUAUGUUAUUAAGUGUAGAUGUAUGGUUUAUACGGCGCCAAGAAAACUUUUUUAUGCUUUCAUAAAUGUAGCAUUUUUUAUAUAACAACACUUCGGGUCAUUUAAUUCAAGUCACAUUGUUUUAAAAUUUGUUUUUUUAUUUAUGAACAUAAAACUAAAUACAUUUCUAAGGUUCGUAAUGAAGUUUUAUACCUACAAUAAAAUAUAAAUAUGUAACUCAGAGUCUACGAUUUAAGUAAUCAGAAAUUUUUUUCAACCGUUAUUUCCCCUCUUUUAGUAUUGUAAGAAGUCCCAAAAAAUUGAAGAAAUUAAUUGUAUUAAAAGAUUUAAAAAAAAACCCAAAUAAAUACCGUCUCGUAAGCACACCCAAGGUUAACCAAAAAUUGUAUGGAGUAGGGGGUCGUAAAGUUACUCUUCAGGAACUUUAUAAGACUUCGUGUUAAGAGGGGGUGUCCUGUCACAUAAACGGCUCAACGCGUUGCAACGUUUAUAAAUUGGUGGAUAACUUUCGCAUUUGUAAAGAUAAAUCGAAUGAAAUAAAUUUUAUUAUUUAGUUAAUAAACAAGCCUUAAAAUAUUUGAUGUUAUAAUAAUUUGAGCAAUUGUAAUUUAGAGAGCAUAAAAAGCGACAAUUUUGGUCGUUGUUUUAGUACGACCUAUUUAUUUUGUGUUUGUUUCUUACUCAGACUAAAAAUUUUAUUUUUCUUAAUACUAUUUUGGAUUGAGAUUGAAUUAAUCUAAGGAGUAGGUUAAGCUAUUUUGAAAAACUAAAACUUUGUUUUUUAUAGAAAAAAAUUCAUCGGAACAUCAUAUAAUAAAACGGCGAACGCGAAUUUUGUGGUACAAACUCCGCGGCCCACAAAAACCGAAGGGACAUAAAUUAUAUACCGACCGAUAGCAAAUGUUCCCUAGAUGCGCAGAAUGCAUAAUUAAUAAAGUUUUUAUUAACCGAAAUAGGUAAAUUGAUUAAAAUAAAAUUCGAUAUUUUAGUAAAAAAAAAAAACAACAAAGCAAAACAAAAACAACUGGGAAUAUCUAUUGGAAAACUUCCAAUGGACUGGAAUGAAAUGUCAUUCAUGACUGAAUGAAUGAAUGAAAGCAUUCAGCGAAAAUCAAAAAACAUUAAGGUGGGUUCACAUUGGUGCGUUGUUUUAAGAUCGCAUGUAAACUAUGGUUAACUUUCAUUGUUUUAGUUAUCUAAGUUUAGAAGCAAGAUGUUUGUUUUAUUACCAUGAAUUUUUUUGUUAAAAUCGAAUUCUAUUAAAAUCGAGUCUAUUACUAGAUCCAAUCUUUUGUAAACACUUUUGAUACCAAUGAAAUCUAUUUUCGUCCUUUUCUCUCUUGAAAGAACAUAAGAAUUUGUCAGCAAUUACAUGAAGCCUCAAGAGGCGCGACUCUUUUUAAACAUAAUGAGUGCAAAAGAGAAAAAAGAUGAAAGAAAAAAUUAUCCGACCGGAGAGUCGUGGGUCGUGAGUCCGAGACUCUUUUUUGACGUUUCUUUUUCCACUUUUUCUUUUUUCAACAUUCAAUCACAUUUCUUUUUGCUUCUUGGUGCAAUACAACAACAACAAAUUUUAAUUCAAAAGAUAAAUGUAAAAUUUGAGUCCUUGACUCAAGAGGCAUCGUGUAAUAGUACGCGCCUCACAGAAUGAUUACACACCCGACAAACAAUUUUGGUUCGAUAAAGCUUUACAGAUGCAAUUGUUGCUUCUUUAAAGCAUUAUAGAAGCAAAAUUGUUAGUAGGGCAGCCACAUAAAAAAAUAUAAAAGUUCUGACCUGGGAUUGCGACUAAAUUUUUCAUAUAGUCGGUCGCUGAAACCGAAUCCGAAGUCCGUUUUGCUUCAUCACGUCAGGUUUUCGAGAUAACCUCAUAAAAUGUCAUGAAAACAAAAAAAAUUUUUCUCUGAUCUGGAUGUGCGAAUAUGCUAAUCAUAUAGUUUUUGGAUCACUGAAUCCAGAUUCGAAGUCAAUUUCGCCCUGUUUCUGGGAUAUCCUCAAAAAAAUGUCAAAACCAAAAAAAAACAAAAGUUUUUAUCUGGGGUUGCGACUAAAUUUUUUAUAUAGUUUUUGGGUCGCUGAAACCGAAUCCGAAGUCUAUUUUGGCGUAUCACGUCAGGUGUUUUAAAUCACAGUACACAUAAAAAGGUAAUAUAUUCCGAACUGACAUUGGUCGCCAAAUUGUCAAAACAUGACAAUUUGGCGACCAACGUCAGCUAUCGCAUUCUUAAUUGUUUUAAAAUACCGACGAAAAACUCACAAAAACCGAAAAACCACGCACAAUACUAAUUUUUUAACAAUUAUCGACCAUUUUCCGCGAAGAAACACCAAGAAAAUUUGUUAUUUUUCAAUUUAUAAUUAUUUUAAAUGACAUUUUAUAAAUUAAAACAAAAACAAAUUUCCUGUUUACUGCGAUCAAAAUAUAAAAAUCAAAGGCCGAUUUGACAGAUUGGUGCUCAUUUUUGACAAACAAAUUUUGACAACGUUCGGAAUAUAUUACCUUAUUAUGUGUACUGUGGUUUUAAAUAUCCUCAAAAAAUGUCUAAACUCAAAAAAAAGUUCUUAUCUGACAUUUUGGAGCUUGAAAGAAAUAAAUUUUUUUAACUUUUGUAAAUUUCCCACUUUUUCACUUUUUACGUCAUUGUAGUUAAGCCUUAAGGCUUUAAAAGUAUAACUACAACGGGAACUUUUUGCGAAAAGUCAAAAAGUGAUAGAUUUCAAACUCAUUUUAUGACAGUUUUUACGACGACAAAAUAAAAAAUAAUGAUGCAAAAAGCUUAUUAUUUGGUUUCCAAAUUUUUGGUAGUUUUUUCCAAAAUUUUUUACAAAAACAAAUAUUGCUAGAAAGAAAUAACAAAAAUUUAAUUUUGUAAAUUUCCCACUUUUGCACUUUUUAGGUCAUUGUAGUUAUGGCUUUAAGCCUGGUAUGCUGCUCGCGCUAAAUUUUAGCCAAGAUAAAAUUCCCAUACAAGUUAUCGAUAAUUUGUAUGGGACUCAUUUUAGCUCGGCUAAAAUUUUUCGAUAAUUUGUAUGGGAGCUAAAAUUUAGCGCGAGCAGCGUACCAGACUUUAACAUGAAAAAAACGUUGUUGUGCGACGUUGUUGUGAACGCACCUUUAAUAAAUGUGAACCUAUCUUUAAUCAUUAGUAAGUAUCUGAACGCAUUCAUUAAAAUUUUAAUGGAAACCACCACAAAUAUCAUUCCAAACUGGAAGUGCGAUAAAUAACGCCCUCCCUUCCGGAAAUUUAAACUUCUACAAGCUAAGCUAAGACGAGAACCUACAAAGUAUACAAUCAAUGAUGUGAAUGAAAAAUUUGAGUGAAGUUGGUGGAAGUUGAAUGAUUGAAUGAUGGAAUUUGAAUGAAUGGAACAUGAAACAGGUUGAAUUGAAUCGCAAAAUGCAAGGUGCAAACACAAUGCAUUAAGGGGAUUACACUUUGCACUUUCUUUUUCGAUACUUUUUUUUACGUAGUUGAGUGCAGUUAAAACGUAGUUCAACAAUAUCUAAAUCAGGUUAAAAAAAUAUCAAAAAGUAGGUAUAUUAUAUCUACCUGUGUAUUUUGUCUUCAAAAAGUGUAGUUAAUCGCAACAACAAAUACUAUACAAAAUAAUGAAACUAUUUUGGUAUAAUUGUGUUUAAAGUUGUUGCAAAUAAAAAAAAAAUAAAGAAAUUGGCGCUCGAAUUUCGAGGGCGGGGUCGGCUAGUUUAUGUUAUUU